GCGACCGCCGGUUGCAGCCCUAUUUCACAUGUGAAUAUCUUCCACCACUCCAAUUCCUCUUUUUAAUUAAAGAGGUUUCAUGGGGGAUGUGACACCAGCUGCUGAAUUGUGAGAAACCUGCUCUCUUUUCUCACCGCUGGCCUCUGUGUUGCCUCCUGGACUCGAUGGCCAGCCGGCUGUUGUGCAGAUAUGGCCGUCUGCUCUGCAGGUCGUCCUCUCAGGCUCCAGCUGCUGCCGGGGCACGUCUACCUCCACCUGUGGCCGGACCUGCUGAGGCGCAGAGGGCGAAAGGCUGGCCGAGGGUCUCAAAGAGAUUAAUGUCUGAAAGGACGACAGUUACCAAGGAAGACAGUUUUGCAACCUUACCGACCCGCACUCAUCUGGAUGAGCUGGUGGAAAAGGCUACAUCACCAGAGGACGUCUUGGCGGCUUGGGAAGAGUGUGGAGGAAAUGGUAAUCAGGCCGCUGUUUCCUUGAUAAAGUGGACUCAGCUGGUGCUAAAGACAAAGGGGAAGUUCAGAGAGCAAGAACCACAAACGACUGUGGAUCAGAGGCUUCUGGACAUGAUGCACACUCUCUCUCAGCAGGUGUCUUCGGUGUGGAACGGCUCUCUGGUGUCUGUUCUGCGAAGCCUCUGGAUCAUGGGCAUCCCCGCCACGGACCCAGUUCUCAGCUGUGUCCAGAACGAGGUCCUGUGGAGGGUCCGCAGGCUGGCGUACAAACAGCUGGGCUACCUGGUGGACUGGGGAGCCGGCAGGAAGCAGCAGCAGGACGUCGCCAUCGUGAACGCCGCUUUAAAACAAUUAGAGCUGCGCUGGACUGAAAUAGCCGACGCUAAAACUGUCAGCAUGCUUAUAUCCAAAGGAGAACGCAUGUCACCCACCCUGAUGGACCGACUUGAAGACAAGGCCUUGGAGCUGGCAGAGGGCUUCUCUGCUGAAGAGAUCCGUAAAGUGUGCGUGUCUUUGGCGGCUCAGAGUCGCAGAAGCAUCCCUCUCCUCCGGGCUCUGUCCUACCACCUCCUCCAGAAACCCGCGUCGGACUUCAGCACUCAGCUGACGCUAGACAUGGCCUUCGCUUAUGGAAAGUUAAAUUUCAACCAUUCUCAGGUGUUUCAGCGUAUGGCCUCAGAGCUGCUGCCCAGAGUCCCGGAGCUCAACUCCACAGACAUCACUCGCUUCGCCAAGUCGCUGGGCUUCCUCAAGUGGCUGCACAUCCCUCUCUUUGAGGCCUUUGCUGAGCACUACACAGCUAACAGUGACAAGUACAGCACUCUGCAGCUCUGCAACCUCCUCAUGACUUUUGCCAGACUGGACUUCCAGCCCAGCAAACCAGAGCAGUUUUAUAGCAAGGUUCACGCGGCGCUGGAAGAGCCUCUCUCCAAGCUUGAGCCCUUUCUGCAGACAGACGUGGUUUGGUCCCUGUGUGUUCUGCAGCAGGCCAAGCCCGAAUAUCUUAUUCCUCUCAUGCAAACAGCUCAUGUUACCAAACUGUCAGAGGGCAGCGGCGCUCGGGUGGAGAACUACACGCUGAAGCUGCUGCACAUCGCCGCCACGCUUCGCUUGGAGCAUCCCGGCUCUUCAGAUCCCUCUCCCCCUCUGAGUUUCCCCACCAGGAGCGUCACACCGUCUGCCUUACAGAGCAGUCUCAGAGAGUCUUUGCAGAGUUUGGUGGGAGGGAAGUCCGAGUUCCUUCGAACUGGCGUCCACACGGUGUUCGGGUGGACUAUCGAUGGUGAGCUGGUUGUGGAUUGUGACAACAAACCAGUCGACCUGUCACUGUUCAAAGCUCCUCAUUUACAAAGUGGAGGAGGAGACCAGGCUUUGCCUUCAGGAGCCCGGAGGCUGGCUUUCUUGGCCUGGGAAUUUCCCAACUUUGGCUCGAAGAGUAAAGACCUUCUGGGACGUUUUUCUAUGAUGAAGAGGCACAUCCAGCUGGCAGGUUUCCUCACAGUGGAGGUGCCGUAUUUCGAGUGGCUGGAGCUGAAGACAGACUGGCAGAAACUGGCCUACCUGAAGGACAAGAUGGGGAAGGCUGUUGCCGAGGACAUGGCCAAGUGAAGUGGGCCACAUUUGCAGCCUCAGCUAAAUCAGAGCUUUCCCAAUCAAAUGAGACCACAGGGAAUACACUCACACACCCACGUUCACGCUGAAAGCGAGGCCGCUUUGCAGAGGAGCUCUUUGACUUUGUCAGUUUAGAAAAAAAAACAAGAAAAACAUAUUUUCACUCUGGUUCCCCUGGAAACGUGUGGGGCUUUCCCUGUUUCCAUGGAGAUGAAAAGUUUUGGAGCCAUAAGAAGACAGAAAUAAACACGAGUUUUUCUGCAGAAAUGAUCUGAUGGAGUCUUUACAUUCGCGAGGCGUCGCUGCACCGAAGCGCUGCAUUUUAGCAGAGUUCUGCAACCAAAGUGCAUCAGUGCAUCCGUAUGUGAAUACAUGGAAUGAACUAAAUUAUCUCUGUGAAUGUGUGUCAUCAUGUGAUAGAAUAAAUUGUUUUAUUGCCUGU